AUGGGGAGUCCUGAGAGAGAAUUGUGCCCUCCACCUUCGGAAGAAGACGAACUUACUUUACCUAGAGCAAGUAUAAACAAGAUGAUUAAAGAAUUAGUCCCUUCUGUACGCGUAGCCUUUGAAUCCAGAGAAUUGAUUCUCAAUUGCUGUACAGAAUUCAUUCAUCUUAUCAGUUCAGAAGCCAAUGAAGUUUGUAAUCAAAGUAACAAGAAAACGAUUAAUGCUGAACAUGUUCUCAUGGCUUUAGAUAGAUUAGGAUUUAGUGAUUACACAGUUGAAGCAGAAGCGGUUCUUAAAGAUUGUAAAGCAGUGGCUGCAAAGCGAAGAAGACAGAGUACUAGAUUAGAAAAUCUUGGUAUCCCAGAGGAAGAGUUAUUUAGACAACAACAAGAAUUGUUUGCAAAGGCUAGAGAAGAACAAGCGAAGCAGGAACAGCAGCAGUGGUUAUUACUGCAGCAACAAGGUCUCGCCGGUCCUGAUGGAAUGCCUCAGGCCUACAUACCACCACCAUCGGGACUGAAACAGGAAUCACAAGAAGAUGAUGAUGACGACUAUUCCUAA